AUGCCAGAUGGAGACAGUAAAGGACAUCGGCGUGGAGGAGCAACAAAAAGAACAAGCUUAGUGCCAGGAUCAGCCAAUACAGUAUCAUCUCCAACUACCGUGAUUGCCCCUGUUGGGAAGAAAAACUUUGUUCUAUCCAAUGAAGCUAGAAAGGAAAUGGCAAAACAAGCAAAAGUUACAAAAGAAGAGAGGAGAGCUCAGCUGGAUGCAAGACACAAGUACAUGAUAUCCAAACUAGCAGAGGGGAUAGGGCUGGGAGAAAAUGAAGUGGAGGACUUCAUUAUUUCUGAUGACAAGUUCAACUCAAUCACUGAUUUCUUUUCACAAAACGGAUCCAAAAAGUUAAUGUUUUUUUAUCAAGAAGUUGCUCAGGUAUGUCCAAACAAAUCAAACAUUCCCCUUUGGGCAGAUGGGGCAAAUUUAAAUGCAUCAUAUUCAAAUUUGCAGAAAAAGCUCUUUAUUACUAUGGGUUGCACAGAGGGAUUGACUGGAACAUGUCUUUUUUUCCUGAGAACAACAGAUAAAUCGAUUACUACUUCCAACAUCACUCAGGAGGUUAAUUUUAGUAUGUUUGAAUGUUCAAAUGGAAAUCUCCUUCAAGGCCUGGAAGUUUUAUUGGCUCAAGUAAUAGUCCCAGCAUUAAAAUCUCAAGAGAGUUGGGGAGCUGUGAAGGACGGACUGGAGAGCCAACAAAUUCAAGAGUUUCUAGACUCUCUGGAUACAUUUGUUGGAACUUUGUCUUCAGCAAGACACAAUCUAGAAGGAAAAAUUGAACUAAAAAAAAUGGAUACAACUGGUGGUUUCCUUGAUAACCUGCAAAAUCCAAAAGACUUUAUAUCCGCAGGUGGCAAUAGUGAAAUAAUUGAAAAAUUAGAAGGAAUGCUAGCUGUAUGGAUAAAACAGAUUGAGCAAGUGUUGGCAGAAAGUGAACAGAUGAGAAAAGAAGCGGAUGACAUUGGUCCCUUUGCUGAGUUAGAACACUGGAAGUCACGGAUGUCCUCAUUCAACAGUCUUUUUGAUGAGAUAAAAAGUCCCAAAGUGAAGAAAGUCAUAAACAUUCUGCAAGUCGCGAAAUCUAGAAGUCUGAAACAAUGGAAGGAACUGGAUUGCAGUGUCACAAAUGCAGCCAAUGAAGCAAAGGACAAUGUGAAAUAUUUGUACACCCUCGACCGUUUUUUUGGUCCCCUUGGAAAGGCCUCUCCUGCAACAAUGGUGGAACAUAUACCAAGCUUAAUGAACAGUAUUCGGAUGAUCUACAGUACAUCACAGUAUUAUAACACAUCAGAACACAUGACAUCACUUUUUCUCAAAGUCACCAAUCAGAUUGUUAGUACCUGCAAGAGCUACCUGAACCACGGUGUUAAAAAAAUAUGGGAUCUUGAAAGGGAAGAGCUUCAGAAGAGGAUACAGGAGUGUGUCUUUCUAAAUGAGCAAUAUCAGAGAUCUUUCCAUAAGGUGAAGGAAAAACUAAAAGAAACCCCAAAUGAGAGGCAGUUUGAAUUCAGUGAAAACUAUAUCUUUGGAAAACUUGACACUUUUUGUCGCCGUCUUGAAAAGAUCUUAGAUAUGAGCAGUGUUUUGGAAAGUCUUUCUGAUCUUCAGAACAUAAGAAUUGAGGGAAUUGAGAAAAUUAGUAUUCGUUAUCAAACAAUUGUUACAAACACUAAAUCAAAGACAUAUGAUGUCCUGGAUCAUCGCAAACAAGAAUUUGAUAAUGACUAUGUGGAAUUCAAGAAUCAAAUUGAAGGUCUUUACCAAUCAUUGCAAACAUUUGUGGACUCUUGGUUUGAAAAGCCUUUGACUACUGAACAAAUGGUAAAUCUGUUGAUGAAAUUUGAACGAAUUGGUAAGGAACAUCUUGACUUUGGUGAAAAAUAUACGACAGUUCUUCAAAGAUAUAAUAGAGAUUUGGAUAUGGUGAGAAAACUGUACCAAAAACAAAAAGAAAACCCACCAACACCACGCAAUGUUCCUCCAAUAACAGGGAAGAUUAUGUGGGCUCGACAGCUUUUCCGAAAAAUUGAUCAGCCAAUGAAAUUUCUUAAAACAAAGGCAGAUCUUUUAAAGAUUGAAGAGAUGAAAAAGAUAAUUCGGAACUACAACAAAAUGGCAACAGUUCUAUUAGAGUUUGAAUUACUUUAUCACAGGGGUUGGUGCAAAUGUGCUGACUUAGCCAAAAACGGACUUCAUGCGUCACUGCUUGUGAGACACCCAGACACAAAGGAAUUGUAUGUAAAUCUGGACCCCAUAGUGCUGGAGGUGUUAUAUGAAACGAAAUAUCUUCAUAAAAUGGGCUUUGAAAUGCCAGAUGUUGUGCUCAGCAUGGCAGCCAGAGAGCAGCAGAUUAAAAAGCAACAAAUUAUGCUACAAGACAUGUUGCAAGAUUAUCAAACCUUUAGCAAUGGGAUUCCUGCUCUGCUCAAGCCUUUGAUGCUGCCGUUUAUCACACAGAUUGAGGAAGCUAUUACUCCUGGCCUGACACAGCUAUCAUGGACAUCAUUGAACAUUGAUAAAUUUAUUGCUGGUGUUUAUAGCACCCUAAAGGAAGUAGAGCAAAUAUGCAAAGGAGUGUCCGACACUUUAGAGUGUCGUAUUGAGAAGAUUUUACAAGACAUUUCUGAGACUCCUCUAAUAGACUUGCCCGAAGAUGAUGUCAUCACUGUAUCAGCUUUCCUGGAAAAAACAGAAAAAGUGAUCGCUAUGGCUUCAGAAACGUUGUCAAUGCAAAGCCAGCAGGUUGAGUUGUCUUUGUAUGAGAUGAUUGACGUGCUAAUAAGUAAACUGAAGUCAGUGGACCAAAAUAGUCUUCAAGACUCCUUUGCCUGUGCACAUCUUGAUACAAAACAAAAAACCCGCUGCCAAGAAUGUCUUGCCUGUAGUUAUUACAAUUUGAUUGGUCACUUGUGUCAGAAGAAUACAGAUUCGCUUGUUAAAUGCACAAAAGUUUCAUUAGAUACUUUAAAGCGCCGGUUACACACGGUCAGCUCAAAGUACCAGUCUCCAAAGGUUAAAAAAGAUCAUACGUCCUCACCACUGUUUAAAGCUGAGAUCCAGCUCGCCAUUCCCAAUGUUGUCAUGAGACCAAGCCUGGAAGAUAUACAAAGCUCUGUGAACAAAGGUAUAAACAUUAUACUCUCAGUCUCAAAGGACAUCCCACUAUGGAAGUUUACUCAUCUACAUCACAAACAACAACAGAUGGAACAAAAUGCUGCAAGAGAUCUUGGUGAUGAACUCACUAAAAUGGUGGUACUGAAACCAUUGGACAAACAGAUCUCGGAACAUAAAGAUGUGAGCAAAGUUGUAAUCCAGCUUAGCUCAAUCAUUUUAUCACUGAAAACAGAUGCAACAGAUGUUCUGAACAGCUUCACCCAAUUUUCUGGAAUCUGGAACCAGGAUAUAGAAGAAAAAGUGAAAGAGUUUUUGGAUACAAACCCAGUGAUGUCUGAGUUUCGAAGUCAGUUAAACUAUUAUUCGCAACUGGAAACUGAGGUCAAUGAACUUCCUGGUCACUGCAUUGUAGGUUCAGUGGACUUUUCCACUGAUUCUCUGAAAAUGGCAUUAGUACAGGAAUGUCGUCGGUGGAAGAGAGUUAUUGGAUCUGCCUUGAAUAAGAAAGCCGCUAGUGAUAUGGAUGAGAUCUAUACAUUUAUUGAUAAUCUUAGUAAGAGGUUGAACAGGCCGAUUAACGACCUAGAUGAUGUACGUGGAGCUAUGGAUGCCUUGAGAGAGAUAAGGGACUCAGAAAUUAAAAUUGACAUGAUGAUUGGCCCUAUUGAGGAGUCAUAUAGCCUUCUGCUUAAGUAUGACUUACUAUUUCAAGAUGGCAAUGCAGAAAGGGUUGAUGGACUGGCCUACGCCUGGAAUAAUUUGAACACACAGGUUGUCCAAACACAGAACUUACUUGUAAAGUUGCAGCCGGCUAUGAAAACAGAUUUAAUGAAUGGUGUGAAAAAAUAUCAAGUUGAUGUCGCCCAAUUUUAUAAAGAUUAUGAUUCAUCAGGUCCUGGAGUUGAAGGAAUACCUCCAAGAGAAGCGAGUGAUAGAUUACAGGUGUUCCAGGCAACAUUUGAUGAACUGUGGAGGAAAUAUAUUACUUUUUCAGGAGGAGAAGAACUCUUUGGCCUUUCAUUGACAGAGUAUACAGAGUUGCAAAGGAUUAAACGUGAGCUAGCUUUGCUUCAAAAACUUUAUGGACUUUACAAUGCAGUUAUAGACAACAUCACUGGUUAUUAUGACAUUCUUUGGACUGACCUUGACAUUGAGAAAAUCAACAAUGAGUUAAUGGAUUUCCAAAACCGAAUUCGCAAGUUACCAAAAGCUCUAAAAGAAUGGCAAGCGUUUAAUGACCUAAAACAAAAAAUUGAUGAUUUCAGCGAGAGCUGCCCUUUGCUUGCAAUGAUGGCCAAUAAAGCAAUGAUGAAAAGACACUGGGAGAGAAUUUCACAAUUAACCGGCCACAGUUUUGACGUAGAGUCGGAAACAUUCUCUCUGAAGAAUAUCAUGGAAGCUUCAUUACUCAAGUACAAAGAAGAUAUUGAGGACAUAUGCAUCAGUGCUAUCAAGGAGAAAGAUAUUGAAGCAAAACUAAAGAGUGUCAUCAAUGAAUGGAGUGCUCACACCUUCACAUUUGCUCAGUUUAAAUCAAGAGGAGAGUUACUCCUUAAAGGAACAGAUACCUCAGAGAAAAUAGCUUUGAUGGAAGACAGUCUGAUGAUUCUAGGCUCCAUUAUGAGCAACAGGUACAAUGCACCAUUUAAGCCCACAAUUCAACAAUGGGUGCAGAAACUGUCAAACACAACAGAAAUAAUUGAGAACUGGCUCAAUGUGCAGAAUCUUUGGAUUUAUCUGGAAGCAGUAUUUGUUGGUGGUGAUAUUGCAAAGCAGCUUCCCCAGGAAGCAAAGAGGUUUCAGAAUAUCGAUAAAUCCUGGCAGAAGAUUAUGCAGAGGGAACAUGAGACCCCCAACAUAGUGCAGUGCUGUGUUGGUGAUGAAACAAUGGCUCAGUUGUUACCCCAUUUGCUCGAGCAACUGGAGAUGUGCCAGAAAUCACUCACUGGGUAUCUGGAGAAGAAACGUUUGGUAUUCCCUCGAUUUUUCUUUGUUUCUGAUCCGGCUCUUUUGGAAAUUCUUGGACAAGCUUCGGAUUCUCAUACCAUUCAGGCACAUCUUUUAAGCUUGUUUGACAAUGUAAACAGAGUUGGAUUCCAUGAGAAGAACUAUGACCAAAUUUUAUAUUUUGAAUCUCAAGAAGGAGAAAAAGUAAAUCUCAUUGAGCCUGUCAAUGCUCAGGGCAAUGUAGAGGUUUGGCUCGGUCUUCUGCUUAAUGGGGUAAAGAAGACGCUGCACACAAUUAUCAGACAGGCCUCUAUCGCUAUUAGCGACUCAGGAUUCAAGCUGUAUGAUUUCCAAGCCAUGUAUCCUGCACAGAUUGGUCUGCGAAUUCAGAUGAUCUGGACCAGAGAUUCAGAGGAAGCGCUAAACAUUGCUAAAACAGACAAAAAGGUCAUGCAAGCCACUAACCAGAAAUUCCUUGACUUGCUGAAUGAUCUAAUUGAUAUGACAACACGGGAUCUGACAAAGAUGGAAAGGACCAAGUAUGAAACACUUAUCACAAUACAUGUUCAUCAGAAGGAUAUAUUUGAUGAUCUGGUCCGCAUGAACAUAAGAUCUGCCUCUGAUUUUGAAUGGCAAAAACAGUCUAGAUUUUACUUUAUUGAAGACAUUGAUAAAUGCAUUAUCCAGAUCACAGAUGUGGAGUUCAGCUAUUGCAAUGAAUACUUAGGCUGUACUGACAGGCUGGUCAUAACCCCCCUGACUGAUCGAUGUUAUUAUCACCAUAUCUCAAGCUCUUGAAUGAGCAUGGGGGGAGCACCUGCAGGCGCUGCUGGGUCAGGAAUACAGGAAACGACCAAGGAGAUGGGCAAAAAGUCUGGGAAAGCUAGUGGUAGGACUUUAAUUGCCUUCGAUCAAAUGGAUUAUAGGGGCCUUGGUCGCAUAUACAAAGGUUUAGCGCAAUCUGGCGCAUGGGGUUGCUUUGAUGAGUUUAAUCGAAUUGAACUUCCCGUUCUGUCGGUAGCCGCACAACAGAUUUAUAUUGUACUACAGUGCAAGAAAAACAAGAAGACACAAUUUAUAUUUACUGAUGGAGACGUGGUGGAUAUGGAUAAAGAAUUUGGUAUAUUUUUAACCAUGAAUCCAGGUUAUGCAGGUCGACAGGAACUUCCUGAAAAUCUAAAAGUUCAGUUUCGUACAGUAGCCAUGAUGGUUCCAGACCGCGCCAUCAUCAUGAGGGUAAAGCUGGCAAGUGCUGGAUUCCGUGACAACCAAAUCCUCAGCCGCAAAUUUUACACACUCUACAAACUUUGUGAGGAACAACUGUCUAAACAGGUCCACUAUGACUUUGGGUUGAGAAAUAUUCUAUCUGUCCUUCGCACACUGGGAGCAGUAAAACGCUCAAAUCCCAACGAACCAGAGAAAACUGUGGUAAUGAGAGUUCUUCGUGACAUGAAUCUGUCUAAAUUGGUAGAUGAAGAUGAGCCACUGUUUAUGAGCCUGAUUAAUGACUUGUUCCCGGGAAUUACUCUUGAUAAAGCUGGAUAUCCAGAGCUAGAAGCAGCUAUUGAGAAACAGACAGAAGAAGCGGGUCUUAUCCAUCACCCACCUUGGAUUCUUAAACUUAUUCAACUGUACGAGACACAGAGAGUGCGGCAUGGAAUGAUGACAUUGGGACCCAGUGGUGCAGGCAAAACCAAAUGUAUUAAUAUCCUCAUGAAAGCAAUGACAGAUUGUGGGGCUCCUCACAAAGAAAUGAGAAUGAAUCCCAAAGCAAUCACAGCCUCCCAGAUGUUUGGUACUCUUGAUGUGGCUACAAAUGAUUGGACAGAUGGAAUAUUUUCAACCUUAUGGAGAAAAACAUUAAAAGCAAAGAAGGGAGAACAUAUAUGGAUAGUUUUAGAUGGACCAGUUGAUGCUAUUUGGAUUGAGAAUUUGAAUUCUGUCCUAGAUGACAACAAAACCCUAACUUUGGCUAAUGGUGACCGAAUUCCAAUGGCACCAAACUGCAAAAUUGUUUUUGAACCUCACAACAUUGAUAAUGCUUCACCAGCCACUGUGUCCCGGAAUGGUAUGGUGUUCAUGAGCUCCUCAGUUCUGGACUGGAGACCUAUAUUAAAGGCGUGGCUGAAAACCCUUCCUGCUGCUCAACAGGAAAUACUUUGGAACUGUUUUAACAGCAUAUUUCAGGAUUUGAUCAAUUUCGUAUUUACAGCUGUGACUCCCAAAAUGCAGAUAUUAGAAUGCAUGUACAUCAAGCAAGCAAUCGACCUUCUUAAGGGUCUCUUGCCAGACAAGGAGGAGAAGCAACCCAGCCAGGAACACAUAGCCAGGCUUUUUGUCUUUGCAGUGAUGUGGUCAGUGGGAGCCCUUCUAGAACUAGACGACCGCAUGAGGAUGGAGAGGUUCAUGCGCGAACAUUCUGCCUCUCUCCAGCUCCCCGAUGUAAGAGGAGAAGAAACCAUUUUUGAAUUUGUCAUUAAUGAAAGUGGACAUUGGGAUCAUUGGUCUAAAAAGGUGCCUGAAUAUGUUUAUCCAAAAGAUUCAGUACCAGACUAUGCCUCAAUUUUGGUGCCUAAUGUUGACAAUGUUCGUACAGAUUUCCUAAUGCACAGCAUUAUGAAACAGGGUAAAGCUGUAUUGCUUAUAGGUGAGCAGGGGACAGCAAAAACAGUCAUGAUUAAGGGCUAUACUAGCAAGUAUGAUCCAGAAUUACAUGUCACAAAGUCUUUGAAUUUCUCUUCUGCAACACUUCCAAAUAUGUUCCAAAGGAGUAUUGAAAGCUAUAUAGAUAAACGAAUGGGAACCACUUAUGGACCACCAGCGGGGAAGAAAAUGACAGUUUUUAUUGAUGACAUAAAUAUGCCUGUGAUUAAUGAAUGGGGUGACCAGAUCACAAAUGAAAUAGUGAGGCAGCUUAUGGAACAGAAAGGUUUCUACAACCUGGAAAAACCUGGUGAAUUCACUAGUGUUGUGGACAUCCAGUUUGUGGCAGCCAUGAUACAUCCAGGAGGGGGCCGUAAUGACAUCCCACAGCGCUUGAAACGCCAGUUUACCACGUUUAAUUGUACACUUCCAUCAAACUCCUCCAUUGACAAGAUAUUCCGUACCGUGGCAGAAGGAUACUUCUGUGAGCAGCGAGGGUUUCCUGCUGACGUAUGCAGUCUGGCUUCUGCCCUGGUGCCAUCUACCCGUAAAAUCUGGCAAGCAACUAAAAUAAAGAUGCUACCAACACCAGCUAAAUUUCAUUACAUCUUUAACUUACGAGACUUGAGCCGCAUUUGGCAGGGCAUCCUUACAGUUACCUCAGACAUCUGUCAGGGCACUGAUGUUUUGGUAGCGCUCUUCCAACAUGAGUGCACGCGAGUGAUUGCAGACAGGUUCGUUAACCAAAAGGAUAAAGACUGGUUUGAGAGCACGAUGCAUAAGAUUACUGUGGAGGAUCACGGCCAAGAGCUGCUGCAAAAUGCUCAAAAAGAAUCUUACUUUGUGGAUUUCCUGCGUGAUGCCCCAGAAGCUACCGGCGAUGAACCUGAAGAUGCUGAUUUGGAGGCUCCAAAAAUAUAUGAACCCAUCCCUUCAUUUGAGUACCUUUCAGAAAGACUUGAUGCAUUUAUGCAACUGUACAAUGAAGCAGUUAGGGGUACAAGGAUGGAUUUAGUUUUUUUCAAGGAUGCAAUGAUCCACCUGGUUAAAAUCUCCCGCAUCAUCAGGACCCCACAAGGAAAUGCUUUGCUGGUUGGUGUUGGAGGAUCUGGGAAACAGAGCUUAACAAGAUUGGCAUCAUAUAUUGCUGGGUAUCAGAGUUUUCAGAUUACCCUGACAAGAACUUAUGGAACAAAUAACUUAAUGGAUGAUUUGAAAAUACUGUAUCGUACAGCUGGUCAAAAAGGCAAAGGAAUUACAUUCAUAUUUACAGACAACGAAAUCAAAGACGAAUCAUUUCUUGAAUAUAUGAACAACGUCUUGGCUUCUGGCGAAGUUUCUAAUUUGUUUGCAAGAGAUGAAAUUGAUGAAAUCACUCAGGAUCUAAUUCCUGUUAUGAAGAAAGAAUAUCCUAAACGUGCACCUACUGCUGAAAAUCUUUAUGACUACUUCCUUUCUCGCGUUCGCAGCAAUUUGCAUAUGGUGCUUUGUUUUUCUCCCGUGGGAGAGAAAUUCCGAACCAGAGCUUUAAAGUUUCCUGGCUUGAUCUCUGGAUGCACUAUGGACUGGUUUCAACGUUGGCCUAAGGAUGCUUUAGUGGCCGUUGCUCAUCAUUUCUUAGCCUCUUACAAAAUAGAGUGUACGGAGGAAGUUAAACAAAGUGUUGUUAACACAAUGGGGACAUUUCAAGACAUUGUAGCUGAAAAGUGUGUAGAGUAUUUUGAACGAUAUAGGCGUCAGACAUAUGUUACACCUAAGUCAUAUCUUUCCUUCAUUGGGGGCUAUAAAUCAAUUUACGGAGAGAAAUUUGAGAAUGUUGAGAAUCUCUCUAACCGAAUGAAGACAGGCCUUGCAAAACUCAUGGAAGCAGAGGUGUCUGUGAACCAACUGUCAAAAGAGUUAGCUGUGAAGGAGAAAGACCUUGCGAUUGCCUCUAAGAAAGCUGAUGAAGUUUUGCAAGAAGUGACAAUGAAAGCGCAAGCUGCUGAAAAAGUAAAAAUGCAGGUGCAAAAAGUCAAAGACAAAGCCCAAGCCAUUGUGGAUGAAAUUGCUGUUGACAAAGCUUUUGCAGAAGAGAAACUGGAAGCAGCAAGGCCAGCCCUUGAGGAAGCAGAAGCUGCCCUGCAGACUAUUAAACCUGGUGAUAUUGCAAUGGUUCGCAAACUGGGAAGGCCUCCACAUUUAAUUAUGAGGAUCAUGGAUUGUGUGCUGCUUCUAUUCCAAAGGAAAAUUGAUCCUGUGUCACCUGACCCAGAGCGGCCAUGUGUAAAACCCUCCUGGAACGAGGCCUUGAAACUAAUGAAUAAUACAGGGUUCCUUAACUCACUGCUGACGUUUGUAAAGGACUCAAUCACAGAAGAGGUUGUAGAACUGCUUCAGCCUUAUUUGGAGAUGGAUGACUAUAACCUGCAAUCUGCCAAAAACGUGUGUGGUAACGUUGCUGGGUUGUGUUCUUGGACACAGGCAAUGGCUUACUUUUUUGGAAUCAACAAAGAAGUUCUUCCAUUGAAGGCCAACUUAGCAAUGCAAGGAGCAAAGCUAGCUGUUGCCCAGGCAGAACUGAACAAUGCACAGAGUCAACUUGAUGAAAAACAGAAGGAGUUGGAUGCUGUGCAAGCCAUGUAUGAUGCAGCCAUGAGAGAGAAACAGACUCUAGUUGAUGAUGCUGAAGCGUGCCGACGUAAGAUGAUGAAUGCAACUGCACUAAUUGAAGGACUUGGUGGAGAAAAAAUUCGUUGGACAGAAAGUAGCAAAAAUUUUCAAAAUCAAAUCGUUCGAUUAGUUGGUGAUGUUCUCUUGGCCACUGGAUUCCUCUCUUACUCUGGCCCGUUUAACCAGGAGUACAGAAAUCUGUUGUUACAGCUAUGGAAGAAAGAAAUGAACAAUAAUAAAAUACCAUACAGUGAUGAUCUGAAUCUUAUCUCUAUGCUUGUUGAUAAUGCAACUAUUGGUGAGUGGAACCUACAAGGACUUCCCAAUGACGACCUUUCCAUUCAGAACGGGAUCAUUGUUACAAAAGCAUCUCGAUAUCCUCUACUUAUUGACCCUCAGGGUCAGGGAAAGAUUUGGGUAAAAAAUAAAGAAAAGAACAAUGAGCUGCAGAUCACAUCUUUGAACCACAAGUACUUCAGAAGUCAUCUGGAGGAUUCUUUGUCUUUGGGAAGGCCUCUCAUGAUUGAGGAUGUUGGUGAAGAACUUGACCCAGCUUUAGAUAAUGUUCUGGAGAAAAAUUUCAUAAAAUCUGGGUCGACCUUCAAAGUUAAAGUUGGGGAUAAAGAAAUUGAUGUUAUGAAAGGAUUCACUCUUUACAUUACCACAAAAUUAGCUAAUCCAGCUUAUACACCAGAAAUCAGUGCAAAGACGGCUGUCAUUGACUUUACUGUGACCAUGAAAGGUUUGGAAGACCAGCUUCUUGGGCGUGUUAUUGUCACUGAAAAGCAGGAGCUGGAGGCUGAAAGGGUUAAGUUGAUGGAGGAAGUAACUACGAACAAGAGGAAGAUGCAGGAACUUGAAGACAACCUUCUUUUCCGUUUGACCAGUACCCAGGGCUCCCUAGUUGAGGACGAGUCUCUGAUUGAAGUCCUCAGAAUUACAAAAUCGACAGCAGAGGAGGUCAGUGAAAAGUUGACGAUUGCAGCAGAAACAGAAUUGAAGAUUAACACAGCUCGUGAGGAGUAUCGCCCUGUGGCUACACGCGGCAGUAUUCUUUAUUUUCUUAUUGUGGAAAUGAGCCUGGUGAAUGUGAUGUACCAGACAUCACUCCGUCAGUUCUUGGGCAUUUUUGACAUGUCAAUGGAAAAAUCUGCAAAAUCACAGCUUACGUCUAAGAGAAUUGCCAAUAUUAUUGAAUACCUCACUUUCGAGGUCUUUAAGUACACAGCGCGUGGGCUCUAUGAAGAUCACAAAUUUCUCUUCACAUUGUUGAUGGCUUUAAAGAUAGACUUACAAGCCAAGAAGAUUUCUCAUAAUGAGUUUCAGACACUCAUCAAAGGGGGUGCUACUCUAGAUCUCAAUUCAGUUGAGCCAAAGCCAAAGAAAUGGAUACUUGACAUGACUUGGCUCAAUCUUGUCCAACUAUCAAGUCUUUACCCCUUUCAGCAGCUUCUGGGGCAAGUGGCAAGGAAUGAAAAAAAUUGGAAGUUAUGGUUUGAUGAAGAAGCCCCAGAAGAAGCUCCUUUACCAGAUGGAUAUGAUAGUCAUCUAGAUACUUUCAGAAAACUUCUUCUCAUUCGUAGUUGGUGCCCAGAUCGUACCAUUGCACAGGCACGGCACUACAUAGCAGAAUCUCUUGGUGUAAGAUAUGCUGAAGGAUAUAUUCUUGACAUGGAGACCAUGUGGGCAGAAAGUGACUGCAGAAUACCAUUAGUUUGUUUUUUGUCAAUGGGUUCAGAUCCCACAGAGAACAUUGAACGUCUGGCCAAAUCGAAGAAUGUCCCCUGUCGCGCUAUUUCAAUGGGGCAGGGUCAAGAGGUACAUGCAAGGCGUUUACUGAAUCAGUCUAUGCAAGAUGGUGGAUGGCUACUACUCCAAAAUUGUCACUUGGGCCUGGACUUCAUGGAUGAACUUCUGGAUACAAUUAUUGUGACAGAAAGUGUGCAUGAUGGAUUCCGGACUUGGGUCACCACAGAGGUCCAUCCCAAAUUUCCAAUUAAUCUACUACAGUCUUCUAUUAAAUUUACCAAUGAGCCACCUCAAGGCGUGAAGGCUGGAUUGAAAAGAACAUAUUCUGGUAUUUCACAAGAGCUUCUAGAUGUCAGCAACAUGCCACAGUGGAAGCCAUUACUCUAUGCUGUUGCAUUUCUCCAUACGACAGUGCAGGAGAGACGGAAGUUUGGUCCAUUAGGCUGGAACAUACCUUAUGAAUUUAACCAAGCAGACUUUGCUGCCAGUAUACAAUUUGUCCAGAAUCAUUUAGAUGAAGUGGACAUCAAGCGGGGGGUGAACUGGAGUUGCUUGCGUUACAUGCUGGGAGAAGUGCAAUAUGGAGGUCGUGUAACUGAUGAUAUGGACAAGACAUUGCUCAACACUUUUGCUAGAGUGUGGUUUGGCGAGAAUAUGUUUUCUGACAAAUUUUGCUUCUAUAAAGGAUAUAGUAUACCUAAAAGCAAAAACAUUGAUGAAUAUCUGCAGUAUAUAGAGCAACUUCCACUGGUGGACACUCCUGAGGUAUUUGGGUUACACCCUAAUGCAGAUAUAACCUACCAAACCAACAUGGCAAAUGAGACUUUAAGCACAAUAGUUAACAUUCAGCCCAAGGAUAGUGGAGGUGGUGCCGGGGAGACACGAGAGACUGUUGUCCAGCGUCUUGCCAAUGAGAUGUUGGAGAAAUUACCUACAGACUACAUUCCUCAUGAGGUUAAGGCACGACUGCAGAAAAUGGGCCCAAUACAACCUAUGAACAUAUUUCUACGGCAAGAAAUUGAUCGUAUGCAACGUGUAAUUGCCCGAGUGAGGAGUACACUAACUGACCUAAAGUUGGCAAUUGACGGAACCAUUAUCAUGUCAGAAGACUUACGAGAUGCUUUAGAUAAUAUGUAUGAUGCCAGAAUUCCAAAACUCUGGUAUAAAAUUUCCUGGGACUCGGCCACCUUAGGGUUUUGGUUUACUGAAUUGUUGGAAAGAAAUCAGCAGUUCCGAAGCUGGUUAUUUGAUGGCCGACCCAAUCAGUUUUGGAUGACAGGAUUUUUUAACCCACAAGGUUUUUUGACUGCCAUGAGACAAGAAACUACUCGGAUGAAUCUGUCCAAAGGAUGGGCUCUUGACAGCGUCAUUUUGCAUAAUGAUGUCACUCGAAUGAUGAAAGAGGAUGUUAACGCACCACCUCCAGCUGACAUUGGUGGGGUUUACAUUUACGGUCUUUUCUUGGAUGGUGCUGGCUGGGAUCGUAGAAACAUGAAGCUCAUGGAGUCAUCACCAAAGGUGCUGUUUACCAAUCUUCCUGUAGUUCAUGUCUACGCUGUGAGCACAAUGACCCCGGGAGAUACCAAAAAACAGCAGAUAAAUCUGUAUACCUGUCCUGUGUAUAAGAAGCCACGAAGAACUGACCUAACAUAUAUUUUUUCACUGUAUUUAAGAAGUGUGCAAGUCCCUGAUCAUUGGACAUUAAGGGGCGUUGCUCUGCUUUGUGAUAACAAGUAAAAGAGCCAAAUAUGAGAUUCCAGAGCACUUAACACAUAAAACAUUCCAAUGAUGUUUUUUUAAAAUCGCUAACACUAACAUCAAAAUAUUAGCCAUGUGGUGCAAUAAAAAUCCAUAUGUAAUGUUAUACCUUUUCAGAUGUAUAAAUAAAAUCUAGCACAUUUAUGCGUUUA